UUAUAAAGCAUUGAAUGAAGAACAAAAAAGCGGAAGGGAGAUGACAACCUUAUAAUUGCUGAUAAGUUGAAAUUAUGCGGAUCUGUAAAUGCGUGACUAACCAAUGACGAUCUUAAUCACUAUGCAUUUUUUUAAAUUCCAUUAAACAACUGCGGCGAGUUUUGUGAAAUAUCAAUCAAUUCGAGGAAUUUACUCUGUAUACUCUUUCGAUUAUUUUCUUAAUUCUCAAUGACAGCUGUUUGUUUUUGCUGCUGCCACACACAGAGUUAUUCUCAACACUCAUAAAUGAAAAUGUGAGCCGAAAGUCUCACUUAUUGCGUUUUAUUAACGGAAAGCUGGACUGUAAGGUCUGCUAAGCUGUAUUCAAAUCUGAUAGCGAGGCGUGUUGUAUAAAAAUAAUGAAUUUAGUGUUAUUCGAAUCGACAACGGAACAAUAUGAGAGCACGGGCAAGAAUAUUAAUAUACAAAUAUAUAACGGCGGUGUUUCUGUUAUGCUGUGCAUUCGCAAAUGCUUUUACGUUAUCCACUGAUCGGUCAUUCCCCUCGUAUCGAUGGACAUCUAAUGUAAAUGGGGUUGAAGACACACGACAAAUAAAAUGGGCACCAGUAGCACAUCCACCUAAUUCUACACGACAUAUUCCAACUAGUCAAUCCGGAGAACCAUACAUAGAAAAAGAGAGAAUAUGGGGUACACAACCCCAUCCAACCAAAAUUGACGUGGAAAUGCGGAUCCUCCUUCAAACUUAUCCUCGUACUACACCGAGACACAAUGUUUUUCUGAUUAAGAACUAAGUAACUUGGAAAAGAAUGUGACAAGUGGGAGAAAUAUAAAAAAAAAAUCGGACAAGAGAGUGCAUAUAAGUUUAUGUUUAUAUAUAAAACAUCUUAUUAGUGCGUUUUUGUACUCAAAAAAUUAUUUAGUAACUCAUUAACAAUACUUAAAUCUAAGUCAAAAAUCAAAAUAUUCUAGUAUUUAUUGUGUAUAUACACAAAUGUCUACGAGGUUUGUUCAAAAAGUAUCGCGAGUUUUGAGUUUUCGCGGUCUACGUGUAUUCGAUUUUCGAUUGUUUUGUUGCAUUAAGUUGGUACUCAUAUCCCUUACUUAAGCUGACAAGGUCGGCGACUUUGAGCGUUUAUUUUAUUUUUAUACUCUUUCAACAUGCUGCUACAGAGUUUUGUUCUCCUAACGGUUGCUUGUCUCAACAAGCGUGGUACCUUCCAUUUUCAGAUGAAAUCACAUAUCUCGACACCAACUCAACCGACUUCAACCAAAUUUACUACAUCACAUUCUUACAAUAUUACAGUGCGGAAAUGGAGGAAAUCGGAUGCCAAUCACGCCUAUUUCCCAUAUAACACAAUUUUAAACUCCAUCUGAUUCUUUCACAUUUCAGUAUACAAAUUAAGCACCAAUUAAUAUAUCCGGAUAACAGUUUACGCGAAUAGUCCCUCUAAAGUUUGCCACCUUAUGAUCAAAAGUCGUCCAAAUCGAGCCAAAACUGUUCAAUCCCCUAGGUACCGAAUAUGUCGACGCCAGUGCUUAUAGUUGACGUUUUACCGAAAAUACCGGCAAUUUGUGAGAUUUAUAAUUGCAAUUCGGAAAUAAUGCUUUCCUGAUGAUAGUAUGUCUGAGUGUCUUGGCUUAGCUUAUAUUAGGUAUAUGGGGACCUAAUAUAAAGAUUUUCGAACUUCCGGGUGAUUUUAUAACGCAUAUAUCAGUCAAUAUGUGAGUUAUCUCAAUAAGAAUGAAAGGUAUCUUAGUGCCUAAAAUAAGUAAAAUCGGGUAAAAAAUUGCCCUAACUCCACUAUAAUUAACCACAGCAUUUUCAAACAUCCGGUGGAUUUUACUCCAUAUAAGUUGGUAAAGGUAUGUAAACUACUUUAAUGAAACUUAGGGAGUAUUUUAUUUUAUAAUAUUAUAUUGCAUUAGCAAAAAUAGAUAUAAUCGGGACAAUACUACUACAUACCUAACAUAGGAUUUUCAAGUUUUCGGUUGGCCUUAUGCCAUAUAUAUUAGUCAAUAUGUAAGAUAUCUUAGCCAAUUAACUGAUUAAUAUUAGAUAUACCAUAGUUCAACGUAUAAUAUUGGAUAUACUAUAGUUUAAUGCCGAAAAUAUGUGAAUUCAGUCUACGAAUUUUCCCAACUCCCAAAUACUAUUUGAUUUUCGUUAUUUUAUUAACCCUUGUGCCCUGUAUAAUAAUUUCCGACUUUCCACCUGACAAAAUGUGUAAUACUUUAAUAAACUUAAAUAAUGAAUUGCGAUCCUGUGGUUGACGUUUCUACAUCAACUCCUUAUUUUUUAUUUGAGUUUAUAUCCCAUAUAUCUUAUUUAAAUAUGAUUUUAAUACAAUUUUAGCUGGCGCCAAGUAAAAUAUUGUAUUAAAACUAAGUGAAUCUGAUUUAUAAUAUAACUUAAUAAAAUACCAAAUUUAAUUAUAAUCCAUUUACAAUUUCAUCGAGUAAUGGAUGUUGAAUUGUUUCGCAACAUUUUUUAAUAUAAAGUUUUUCUAACACCUGAAGGUAUUUACCCUGCUUUGAUCCUUGCAAGUUGCAAGAGUAUAAAAUGUUCGGGAUCACACCAACUUAGCCCUUCCUUACUUUUUGACAGCCGUUUUUUGGACUCCUUUUGGUUCGUCUUCGAUUUUUGAUUAUUCCAAAAAAUGUGUGAAAAACAAAAUUAAGUGCGCGGACGCAUUCCGAAUGUUGACUGUGGAGAAUAUGGUGAAGCUACCUUGGGAAAAAACAACGUUUAUCGGUGGUACAAAAUGUUCUCAGAAGGUCAAGAAGAUGUGAACGACGAAGCGUGCCGGAAGCCUGAACAUGUCAAUAACAAGCGAAAACAUUAAUGAUGUGAAGAAAAUAGUAUUGGCCAAUCGUAGAAUCUUCGUUAGAAAAGUUACUGGGGAACUAAAAAUUGCAGGGGCCUCGUGAAUUACGAGUUCUUGCGAAAGGGUUGUACCGUCAAAAGACAAUAGAAAAAAAGAGUCUUACCUUUUACCUUGAGACACCCUAAUGUGCAUACAAACAAACACGUGUAGCUAAUAAAAGUCUUAUAAAAACAAAUGAAUGUAUGUAAGGAUCUAGAGGUUGGAUAUUUUAUACCAAGAAGCACAUAUGGAAAAGUUGUUUGCUACUUACCCAAUUAUUUUAUGGAAAAAUGAAAGUGGAUCGGUUAUACCACUUUAAGAGGUUAUCGAAAUAUUUAUUAGCUUUUACAUGUACAUUUUGUAACAAAAGAACAGCGCCUAGAAGACACCGAGCGAAUCGAUGAUGGCUAGAGACUAUGGCAGUUUCGUGCUGUUAUUGUUUUUGAGAGAGAUAAAAUAAAAAAUAAAACUGAGAACAAAGCAGGUGACCCAAAAAGUUAAAACCAAAUGAGUUUUAUAAAGUUUACAAGCAAUAAUCGUCUUUAAAAGGAUGUUUUAUUGUGCUGUACUGAGUAAUUUACAUAGGAAUUACAAAAUACGUUUACUUAUAUUCUAAUUAAAAAAAUACUUUGCCAUCAUCCACUGAGUAAAUAUAUUCAAUCCAAUAGAAACUACAGCUGACGUUAAGGGAUCAGCGAAGCAUUGCAGCAUUGCCGCAGGUGCAGUGGAGUGUAAAGCCCAGGAAACGAACGACAUGCAGAGCGCCAUCCAUGGUGACCAAAGUAAUGUCAUCGGUAAUGGUUAAAUGUUGUGUAAACGUUGUUGUAGUGCCGCAAAUAUACAUCUUAUAUAUAGUUUAUGUUGAGCGCCAAUAAUAGUGCAGAUGCUUCGCUUCAUUGACCAUCACGCAUCCGCCGUAGAAAAUGUUGUAGUCGUAUAAAAUGAUUUGUUCCGGAGUUAACUAAUUUAGUGCCGAUUUGUUGAAGAACUGUCGCAGGUCAAUUGUAAAUAAGUUAGUAUUAAAAACCAUUUGCUUUAUACGCUAAAAAAAUCGGUGCGUUGUGUGUCCUUACGUGUUACGAAAAUCGGCUGUCUUACCUCCAAGCAACUAUUUACACGCGAAUUCAUGCGUUCCUGGCGCAAAAUGCGUAAACCGUUUCUGGCCAUUGUCGCCAUUAUAUUGAUUGUCCUCGCACAGGUUAUUAUCAGUGCGCCAGUACGCAAGUCCAUACGUGUCCAACUGAAUGCCGACUAUGUGCGUGCCAUGGGUGCUUACAAACGCUUAGAGCCGAGUUUGUCACGCGAAGAACUACGUGUGAUCACCACCUUAGGAAUUUUAAAUGGCGCGCGACAGGCUGAACAACUCAUGGAACGUAACUUAGUAGACAUAGUGAGAGGAUUGCUCUUUGAAGCUAGUGAACUAAAUGAUGAUGAACUCGUGGCCAAAAUGCAAAAUAUUGAAAAGCAGCUAGCACGCGAUUAUCGUGCAUUAUUGAUACUCACUAGUGCCAUGGAUUUGGUGACCGGUGAAAAAGAUGUGUUCGACUUCAAAGCGGAUAUGCAGCAAACGCUCCAACAAAUUCGAAGGCAAUCAGUGGGCGAUGUUGAUGAUGAAGCCUCGCAAGAGAACAUCGAGCAAUAUGGUAAAACUGUUGACGAAAACAAUGUUGCAGAGCGAGUUGGAGCUUUACGGCGACAGAUUUUACAGCAAGUACGCGCGAUGAAGUCGCUUGUAAAUGAGAAAGUUACACAAACCUUGGAUUAUUUAAUUACAAAGGCAGACAAGGGUAGCUUGUUGGAGCAGGCAAGCAAGAAGGUCGUGCGGAAACGGAAUGUCGUAGAAACACCUGAGGUGCCGGCUGAAGUCCGUAUGAUCGAGUCCAUUUUGAACGAGGAGGACUUUCGCAAUAACCUAGUAGAUGCACGUCUUGACAAUCAAAACAACGAGCUCAUAGAUGAUUCGCUUGAAGAAGACUUUGCAUUUCCGUCAAACGCUAAUAGAUCUAAGAUAGUCAUUGAAAAUCGCAGCAAUCAGAAAAUAAACAGUAAACCUGCAAUCACAACAACAUCUACGACAACAACAAUACGAGCAGCAAGAGCUAUUAAGAACCUCACCACAACAGCAGCAAUCGCUGCAACAACAACAACAACAAUCUCUCCAAGCACUGCCAUAAUAGACGUAGAUGAACUAAAACUUGCCAAACAGGAAGAUGGUGAAAACUUCCCGCCAAUAGCACCGCUGCCACCGCCAGCAGGCAAUUUGGAUACCGACGACGAUUUCCCUGAUGCUCCACCGCCUCCUGAUGCUGGUGGGGGCGGGUUGGUAGGAAUUAUAACGAGUUUAAGUGGAGGUGAAGGCGGGUCAGACAUCGGCGCAUUAAUUGGAGCAUUAACUGGCGUAAUUUCUACUUUAUUUGGGCCUGGCGGUUUAGAUAUUGAAUCCCUCAUCAGCACGGCAACUUCACUCAUUUCCGGUUUGCUGGCGGGCAACAAAAACUUCGGCACAGUGCUGGGCAUAUACAUAGGUACGGCAUUUGAUGGUCUUUCGGGCGGUGGUGGAGCGGUAAACAAUGGACAAUUUAUCGGAAAUCUGCUUGGCACUGUCUAUGCUCAACUCAGCGCAGAUCCCGAAGAUGAUGACUUACGCCCGAACCCCUUUCUUUUUGCACGAAAUCUCAUUAGUAGUUUUAUAGAAGCGAAAAAUCGUAAAGAAUCCGAUGAGGAGGGCGAUGAUGAGCGUCGCUCUGAUUCACGUCAUUCGCAUGGCGAUAAAGGCAAAGGAGACGCGGGCGGUGGUUCCGAUUCGGGAGGCUUUAUCAAGCAUAUUGCUUCGCAUAUAGUGGGCGGUCUUGUCAAUCUAAUUUUGAAUGCUUCGUUGGGCGCUUCGGGCGGUGCAUCGCAUGCUUCCGCUUCAUUAUUUGGCAGUUCCAGUCAUAGAGGCGGAGGUGGUCAAAAGCAUUGAUGCUUUACAGUCAUACUUUAGUGUAAAAAUUAUAAUUUUUUUCGACCAGGGACUUUUCGUAUUGUUGUUGUUGCUGGUAUACAUAGCGAAGCAACGAUAUUUGAAUCAUUUAGAUUCCGCGUAUGCUUUAUUAUUAUUAGUAGUAAUAUCUACUGACACGUGUUGUACUUCUAUUUAUCGCUAUACUUGUAUGUUUGUAUGUGCUGGCGCAAAGUUCGGUAUAACUUAAUUUAGUAUUAUAUAUAUUAUAAUUGUAAGUAAUAGUUAUUUAAGUCUUUUUCAUUUUUAUAAAUUUGGAUAAUUGUAUUCGACAAUUAAACUUGACUAGAAAUUGCUCAGUUAUUUCUAACUAUCUCUUAGAUAUACUUCUCAGAAUAGUUAUAAUUUUCAAAAUAAACAUUUCAGUAAUUUAUUAUACCGAAAUAUUAAAAUACUUAAUAAAAAUUAUAUUACAGAAUUUAAAAGUAAUCUUCAUAAUACUGCUUUCCGUCAGUCGAUUUCAUCUACAUCAAAGUGAGAGACUGACAUGGUCAUAUAUAGAUGGAAUAGCAAGCAGUUUACCACCCUUAUGAGAUACUAGCUGUGGACUUCGCCCACGUGGAACUCAAUAAAAGUUAUACUAUGCUUAUUUCGAACGUGUGGUUGUUAUACAUAUUUCCCUAUAUAAUUUUUUUUUCUUUUUGUAUUUUUAGUUUAAUUAUAAUUUAUUUUCUGUUUAGCGUAUUAGCUUUAUUGAACAUUUUCUUAAUAUACAAUAUUUGGUGUACGAAUUCUUGAACUAAAAGAACAACACUAUUGGCAUUCCACGCACCUGAAUAUGUAAAGUAAUUAUAAGUUAAAUUUAUGUCAGUUUAUCUCUUGUAUAUCUUAAAGUUUGCUCGUGUGAUUGUCAUAGGAAAUUGAUAGGCAAUUGCAACCUUUUGAAUUAAAGUGGAAAAUUUGACGGUGUUAUAGGAAUCUGUGAAAAAACAAAAAAUUAGCCUAAAUUAUUCCCUCUUAUAUAAGCUAUCUGCCAGUGACAUUACUAUCAAAAAUGGGCCAGACGUUUCAGAAACUAGCGGGCAAAAACAGA